CAUUUCUCUCUGAACCAAGGAAAAAGAAACAACCAUGAUGAAGCUAGUGGUGUUCAUGAUGUGCCUGCUGGCCACUACCUUGGCUGCUCCUGUGGCAGAGAGUGAAAGCAAUGAGGAAAAACAGGUAGCAGCACAUGCUAAUGAGGCCCUGAGGUGGAUGGAGAUGUACAGGAUGUACCAGCAGCAGGGAGUAGUUGGAAACCCCUUCCUGCCUGCUGCUGAUGCUCCUGCUGAUCCAGCUGGGGCAGCAGUGGUGGAUGCCGCACCCGCUGAAGUUGCACCUCCUGCUGCUGUUACUGCUGCAGACGCAUCGGAGGAGGAGAACGAGGAUGAAGGUGCUGCACCCAAAGCUGCAGCAGCCGGUGGUGCCCCCUUGAACUCUGAUGAAGAAGAGGAGGCCGAGGAGGUGGAGGCAGCCGAGGCUGAGCCAGCUGUUGAAGUGGCACCAGAAGAGCCUGCAGCAGAUCCUGAAGCAGCUGUGGAGCCAGCUGUGGUGGACGUCCCUGUAGAUGCUGCCACGGUUGAUGCUGCUGUUGUCGUUGAUGUGCCUCCUGUUGAUGUGGUUCCUGUUGAUGUGGUUCCCGCUGAAGUUGCCCCUUCAGCCCCAGAGGUGGCUGUGGAUGCGCCUGUCCCCGAUGUUGCUGAUGUCCCCGCUGAUGUCCCUGCUGCUGAUGUCCCUGCUGCUGAUGCUGGUGCUGCUGAUGCCCCCCUAGCAGCUGAGACAGAUACAACAGGGGUGGCAGCAGAUCCUGCUUUAGUGUAGUUAUAUAUAUUAUAACCAGCCUAAGUGCUCCUCUGUUAGCAGUUAAAGCAAUAGCUAGAAGCGGCAAUGAGAAGUUAAAGCAGCGCUAAAGGAUGACAAGCUGUGGCAUAUUGGAUAGAGAAGAGGAGAGUGUGCUUUUUGUUCAGAAUAGGCAUUUGUUAUCCUCUUCCUUUUGUCUUGAAUCAAAAUAUUUGUUGUAAUUCUGUUCUCAGUUUUUUACUUAUAAGUCACGAGUGUUUGUAUAAGAUACAAAUACA